UUGCAUAACCCAGCGACCGGGGGCUUGGGAACCGGAGCGUGCAACCCUAGAAGGGAAAAGAACGGGAAGAGCUAGAGCCGCGGCGGGGAGAGACCGAGAGUCUUGGUGUUUGUGCGAGAGCCGGGGCGGGGGCAGGGGCCAGGGGCCGGCAUGGCUGAAGGCUGCGCUCCGCAACCUUGAAGAGCGGCUGCGGCUGGAGGCCGGGGGCAGGGAGGCGGGUGCGAUGGCAGAGCGCGGCCCCGGCAGCUGUGCCGGGCCGGGCCGGCUGGCCUGAGCCGCCGGAGGAGCGGGGCUGCCUCUGCUCUUCCAUGGAGCAGCGGGAAAGGCGAAACUUCGGAGCGCUGAGUCCCUGCGCUGCUGCGGCGGACUGCUGAAGGGGCCGAGCCCACGCGGACCUCCAAAGGAGACAGCCCCCGCCCCAGCCCGCAGGCCGGCUGCCCGGGGUCGGCGGGGGGCGUCGGAGGGCAGCAGAGGCGCGCCAAGCGAGCAGCGCCGCGGGAGAGGCCGGCGCGGGAGGCGGCCGCAGCAAUGCCGGGCCCGCUGGGGCUGCUCUGCUUCCUCGCCCUGGGGCUGCUAGGCUCGGCCGGGCCCAGCGGCGCGGCGCCGCCUCUCUGCGCAGCGCCCUGCAGCUGCGACGGCGACCGUCGGGUGGACUGCUCCGGGAAGGGGCUGACGGCUGUACCCGAGGGGCUCAGUGCCUUCACCCAAGCGCUGGAUAUCAGUAUGAACAACAUCACACAAUUACCAGAAGAUGCAUUUAAGAACUUUCCUUUUCUAGAAGAGCUACAAUUGGCUGGCAACGACCUUUCUUUUAUCCACCCAAAGGCCUUGUCUGGGUUGAAAGAACUCAAAGUUCUAACUCUCCAGAAUAACCAGUUGAAAACAGUACCUAGUGAAGCCAUUCGAGGACUGAGUGCUUUGCAGUCUUUGCGUUUAGAUGCCAACCAUAUUACCUCAGUCCCCGAGGACAGUUUUGAAGGACUUGUUCAGUUACGGCAUCUGUGGCUAGAUGACAACAGCUUGACAGAGGUACCCGUGCGUCCCCUCAGCAACCUGCCCACCCUGCAGGCGCUGACCUUGGCCCUCAACAGAAUCUCCAGCAUCCCUGACUUUGCCUUUACCAACCUGUCAAGCUUGGUGGUUCUAAUUGUGACCAUUUUUCACUAUUGCUACAUAUUUUCUACCUUUUUUUUUUUUAGGGACUUGAAUUAUAAUAACUUGGAGGAAUUUCCCCAGGCUAUUAAAGCACUUCCUAGCCUAAAAGAACUGGGAUUUCAUAGUAACUCUAUUUCUGUUAUCCCUGAUGGAGCAUUUGGUGGUAAUCCACUCUUAAGAACUAUACACUUGUAUGAUAAUCCUCUGUCUUUUGUGGGGAACUCAGCAUUUCACAAUCUAUCUGAUCUGCAUUCCUUAGUCAUUCGUGGUGCAAGCAAGGUGCAGUGGUUCCCCAAUCUGACUGGAACUGUCCAUCUGGAGAGUCUGACCUUGACAGGUACAAAAAUAAGCAGCAUACCUGAUAAUUUGUGCCAAGAACAAAAGAUGCUUAGAACUUUGGACUUGUCUUACAAUAACAUAAGAGAUCUCCCAAAUUUUAAUGGUUGCCAUGCCCUGGAAGAAAUUUCGUUGCAACGUAAUCAAAUCUACCAAAUAAGGGAAGGUACUUUUCAAGGCCUGGUAUCCCUAAGGAUUCUAGAUCUGAGUAGAAACCAGAUCCAUGAAAUUCACAACAGAGCUUUUGCGAAGCUUGGGCCAAUAACUAACCUAGAUGUAAGUUUCAAUGAAUUAACUUCAUUCCCUACGGAAGGCCUGAAUGGGCUAAAUCAGCUGAAACUUGUGGGCAACUUCAAGCUGAAAGAAGCCUUAGCAGCAAAAGAUUUUGUUAAUCUCAGGUCUUUAUCAGUACCAUAUGCUUAUCAGUGCUGUGCAUUUUGGGGCUGUGACUCUUAUGCAAAUUUAAACAUAGAAGAUAACAGCCUUCAAGACCAUAGUGUGACAAAGGAGAAAGGUACCACUGAUGCAGCAAAUGUCACCAGCAGUGCUGAAAAUGAAGAGCACAGUCAAAUAAUUAUCCAUUGUACACCCUCAACAGGUGCUUUUAAGCCCUGUGAAUAUUUACUGGGAAGCUGGAUGAUACGUCUCACCGUGUGGUUCAUUUUCUUGGUUGCAUUGUUUUUCAACCUGCUAGUCAUUUUAACAACCUUCGCAUCUUGUACAUCACUGCCUUCCUCCAAGUUGUUCAUAGGCUUGAUUUCUGUGUCUAACUUAUUCAUGGGAAUCUAUACUGGCAUCUUAACUUUUCUUGAUGCCGUAUCCUGGGGAAGAUUUGCUGAAUUUGGCAUUUGGUGGGAGACUGGCAGUGGCUGCAAAGCAGCUGGGUUCCUUGCAGUUUUUUCCUCAGAAAGUGCCAUAUUUUUAUUAAUGUUAGCAGCUGUUGAAAGAAGCUUAUCUGCAAAAAAUAUCAUGAAAAAUGGGAAAAGCAAUCAUCUCAAGCAGUUCCGGAUUGCGGCCCUUUUUGCUUUUCUGGGUGCUGCAGUAGCAGGCUGUUUCCCCCUUUUCCAUAGAGGGGAAUAUUCUGCAUCACCCUUGUGCUUGCCAUUUCCCACAGGAGAGACGCCAUCAUUAGGAUUUACUGUGACCUUAGUGCUGUUAAACUCACUAGCAUUUUUAUUAAUGGCCGUCGUCUACACUAAACUUUACUGCAACUUGGAAAAAGAAGACCUCUCAGAAAACUCACAAUCUAGCAUGAUUAAGCAUGUUGCUUGGCUAAUUUUCACCAAUUGCAUCUUUUUUUGCCCUGUUGCAUUUUUCUCAUUUGCACCAUUGAUCACUGCAAUCUCUAUCAGUCCUGAAAUAAUGAAGUCUGUUACUCUGAUAUUUUUCCCAUUGCCUGCUUGCCUAAAUCCGGUCCUGUAUGUUUUCUUCAAUCCAAAAUUUAAAGAAGACUGGAAGUUACUGAAACGACGCGUUACCAAGAAAAGUGGAUCAGUUUCAGUUUCCAUCAGUAGCCAAGGUGGUUGUGUGGAACAGGAUUUCUACUAUGACUGUGGCAUGUACUCACACUUACAGGGUAACCUGACUGUAUGUGACUGCUGCGAAUCUUUUCUUUUGACAAAGCCAGUAUCAUGCAAACACUUAAUAAAAUCACACAGCUGUCCUGCAUUGGCAGUGGCUUCUUGCCAAAGACCAGAGGGAUAUUGGUCUGAUUGUGGCACACAGUCAGCCCACUCUGACUAUGCAGAUGAAGAAGACUCCUUUGUCUCAGACAGUUCUGACCAAGUGCAGGCGUGUGGACGAGCCUGCUUCUAUCAGAGUCGAGGAUUCCCUUUGGUGCGCUACGCUUACAAUCUACCAAGAGUUAAAGACUGAACUACUGUGUUUGUAACUGUUUCCCCCAUCAACCAAAUUCACAGUGUUUAUAGAGUGAACCCUAUUCUGUUCUUUCAUCUGGGAAGCACUUCUGUAAUCACUGCCUGGUGUCACAUAGAAGGGGAAGGUGGCAGUUUAUUUCUCAAACCUGACAUUUUUCAAAGAACAGGUGCCUAAAUUAUUAAUUGGUGAAAAAUGCAAUGUCCAAGGAAUGUGUGGUCUAUUUGAAACAGAACUUGAAAAGGAUUUUGGGUGUGGUAUAGCAAUAUAACUUUUAGAUUUUUCAGAUCCAUAAGGAGCAAAUUUAUACCUACUUCUGAAUUAAGCACAAAAUAAAGGACAGCUGUUAAUAUUUUUUAAAAAGGUAGUUCAAAAUGUGACUUUAUAUAACUGACAAAAAAGUCUUGCUAAUUUUACCUAUUAUUUGAUCAUUAAUCUCAGGACAACUUACUACAGGGCCAAAAAAGGGAUUGUCUCCCAACUAGAACUGUGAGAGUACACAUAGGUGUCAUUGUUUUCUAUUUCCACUUUUACAUGAGAAUCAUAAAUUUCGUUCAAUUGCUUUAUAAAUCUAUAUAAACCUGAAGAUGUUUUAAAAACCAUAUUAACAGCUGUUAGAAUAAAAAAAAUCAGUACAUUUGUUUGGGGUCAUUUUACAUUGCUUUGUUUCGCUCACCAUGAUUUUCACUGUUUUGCAAUUAUACUACUAGUACAAAAUAAAUGGCUAAUUGAUGUUUGAGUUUAAGUAGAUUUGGCUACACUACUUACUAAUGAGAUUUUAAUAGUACCUAAGGGAUUUGAUGGCUCCAUGUAAUGUUCCCAUUAAUAAAUGCUUCUUAAUAUCAUUGGUUCUACUGAUAUUUUCCAGUUUUGUUGGUAUGUCAUCUAUUUAUAGUUUGGAUUAUAAAGAAAGUAAACUGGGGUCAUUUUUUUUUUUGUAAUUGGAGGAAGCUGAAAAUAAUUAUGACACAAAGCACUUAAAUUUAUUUCUUAGUGAACUGGAUUCUCCUAAACUUAUGUUAUUACUUGGAAGGUUCUAUAAAAUUUUCCCAUACCAUGACUUACAAAAAAAACCUAUUCAAUAGCUCAUAUGCUGAGCUCUGGUUAGACUAGACAGACAUAUCAUUAAGGAGGGGAAAAGGAUAAGGCUUAGUCCUAUGUCUUUGAAAAUUAAAAAUUUUACCUGAUUCUCAUCUAGGGUCUUCUGCCAUGUUUUUUUGUGGAGUCUUAAAGUUAUAAUUGCUCGAUAUGUUUUUUGAACAAUGUACUAAAUAGCAAACCCACUGCCAUAUUAUUAUCCUGGAUAUACUAAAAAAAAUUAAGCUAGAUUGCAGUUUAAUAAUUAAACUGUACAUACUGUGCAUAUAAUGAAUUUUUAUCUUAUGUAAAUUAUUUUUAGAACACAAGUUGGGAAACAUGGCUUCUGUUCAUUUCGUUUAAUUAAAGCUACCUCCUAUAGUGGCUGCCAGUAGCAGAAUGUUAAAUUGUGGUUUAUAUACUUUUUUCAUUGUAAAUAGUCUCGGUUGUACAUUGUCAGUGUAAAAACAGAAUCUUUGUAUAUCAAAAUCAUGUAGUUUGUAUAAAAUGUGGGAGGGAUUUAUUUACAGUGUGUUGUAAUUUGUAAGGCCAACUAUUUACAAGUUUUAAAAAUUGCUAUCAUGGUUUGUAUAUUUACACAUCUGAAAAAUAUUAAAUCAUAACUCGGUAAGAAUCUUAAUUAAACUUGUUUUCUCAAAAUUCAAGUUAUUGAAAACUUUUCAUUCAUUUAAAAAUAGAAUAGCAGAUAUAUAAAAUCUGUGGUAAACUGUGCUAUAUAUUGUAUGAAAUACAAUAUUGUACUCUAUGUUUUGAAUUAUUAAAGUUUCUAGAAAGCAGUCUAUUUUGCCUUAAUUUGUAACUAAGUAUGUUAAUGUAUUUACUUACUAUUAUGGAGACAAAUUUAAAAACUUUUAAAUAGAAAAGACAGUAUUAGAAAAAAUGUUGGAAGUAACCAUUAGAAAAUAUUGUUUGAUAGUUAUCUGUAAAUAUUUAAGAACACUUGGCUGAAACUUAAAACUUUUAUCCUGUCUUAAAUCUGAACUAUAUCCUGGAAAACAUAUUGUGAAAUGUAAGUGAAUACCACUAAUUCAAUCUUUAUUUUAAAGCAAGUGAUUAAAAAUAUCUACAUGA